ACGAAGUGUCACUCCAUCUGAACUGGCAACCCUUCGAAAUUUGUAUACAGCUCGUAGUAAACACGCCGUAUAAAAAGGAGAAGAAAACUCACUCGCGAUUCAUUGACCAUUUCCAGAAUUAUGAAACUCGAUUUGGCAAUGCAGCUAGUUAUCGUGACGGCUGUGUGUUUGUUUUUCUUCAGUGCCGAUGCGCGUGUUAUAAAAAGAAGCGCGAAAGUGACUUACUGUUCGGGAUCAACACCAUGUGGCUGGGAAAUCUAUCAACCCUCAACCAGAUCGGUGGAAUACUUCGUCAAAAGCCCGUGCGACUGUCCCAGCGGCACGCAGUGCCUGAGGUACAGUGACGACAUCUCCAUCGCAGCCUAUGUCUACAGGUGCAGGCAGGAGAGCGACGAGGGGCAGACCUGGGACCAAUGAAUCAUCGGCCGCCGAAUCUAUUUAUUGAUCAUUUUGUACAUACUUUCAUUAUGCAUGCUGACGAAUAAAAGUAUUAUGCUUCGAGUAACCUUAUUCGCGUUUCGCCCAGUUUCAUGUUACAUCGACAUUUAUCAAGUACCAUACGAGUUAUAUCUGCAUAUAUUUCUGUUACAUUAUUGCUACAAGUAUCAUCGCCAUUUAUCAAGUACCAUACGAAUGAUAUCUGUAUAUAUUUCUAUUGUAUUACUGUUACACAUAUCAUCAACAUUUAUCAAGUGCCAUCCGAAUGAUAUCUGUAUAUAUUUUCAUUGUAAUAACUAAUAAAAAGUAUUAUACUUUAAGAGUUAUUUGGAUCGUUGGAUUUUCCUGUUUCCGUCAAUACGCAGAUAUUCUUCUUGAAAAAUCUUUAUAGCUCUUUAAGGCACCUUGAAAAUUUGUGUGUAUUUGAAAUUUUAAAUUUGCACAAAUUUUCACUUUAUAUAUAUUAAUUCAUAAUUACCAAAUCCAUGAAGGAAAUCAUUUAUUAAUCAAAAUUAGUUUGGAACUCUUGAAGAAGCAAUCGGACGUAGCUCCAAUACACAAGAAUAAUUUAUCUUUCUAAUGAGUUUUCUGGGAAAAUCGGCUCAGAAUUUUCCCUCGCGAAAAACUGUCAAAGCAGCCCUGUCGUGGUGUGUAAUUUUGAGCAUACUAAAGCAUACAUCUAGCAACUCGUUUUUGAUUCAUUAGGUUAAGAACAUAAUUAUAUUAGUAACAAUUCUUAAAUAAAUCAUUACCACUGCAUUGCAUUAGAUAUGAUAAUAUAUUUUAAAAUAUUGUCAUUAUAUUAAAAGGUAAGAAUAAUUCCCUUUUAACAACGGUCCGGAGAUCAACCAAAAAUCGCAGAAGUAUGAGAAGCAAAUAGGAUUUUAUGUAAAUUUAGUAAACAUUUUUUUACAAUGAAUAUUUAGGAUUUUUUUUUGUUGUUGUUGUUGCUCCUUAUUCUUAGUGGCUUUCUAAUUUGCUAUUGUUUUACACGUCUCAUCAUUUUACAAUUUAUGUUUUUCAAUCCAGAUAUUUUCAUUUUGAUGCAUUUUUUUUAUCUAUUAAAUGUCUUUUGUUCUAGUG